UUCAUACAGCAAUGACGUAAUCCUAAUAGUUACCUAGAAUAAUUUGUGAUUCGACUGGAAGGUAGCUUGGUUAUGUUUGGCAGAUACGAACUUCUGUCAACAUAGCAAAAAAAUGGGCUUGUUUGGCAAAUCUCAGGAAAAGAAUCCGAAAGAAAUGGUUCAAGAAUGGACACAUAAAUUAAGGAAAGAAGGCUAUCAAAUGGAUAGACAGGUUAGAGCAAUUCAGCGAGAAGAAGAAAAGGUAAAACGUUCUUUAAAAGAAGCAGCAAAAAAAGGUGACAAGGAUGUCUGUAAAAUUCUAGCAAAGGAAAUAAUACGUGCACGUAAAGCUUGCAACAAGCUUCACACGUCAAAGGCACAAAUGAAUUCUGUUUCGUUACAAAUGAAGAAUCAGUUAGCAACGAUUAGAGUUGCUGGUUCAGUCCAAAAAUCCACAGAAGUAAUGCAAGCAAUGCAAUCAUUAGUAAGAGUACCAGAGGUAGCAGCGACAAUGAGAGAAUUGUCAAAGGAAAUGAUGAAAGCUGGUAUUAUUGAAGAAAUGUUAGAUGAAACUAUGGAAUCUGUGGAAGAUUCUGAAGAAGUAGAAGAUGAAGCAGACGAGGAAAUUGAUAAAAUUUUAUGGGAAGUAACUGCUGGUCAAUUAGGUACAGCUCCUGCAGUUGUUACAGAAGCACCAGGAUCUGUUGUAGCAUCUACUUCUGCAGAAGAAGAAACUGAAAAAGUAGAUGAUAAGGAACUCGAAGAAAUGAAAAUGAGACUACAAAGUCUCCGUAGUUAGGUGUAAUAUAUAAAUAAUUCAUUUGCAUUGACUUUAAAAUCAGCUUGUACUUAUUGGACAUAUACAUACAUAAUGUACAAAUACAGUGAAAUGAAUGCCUACCAUAUUUUAAUAACAUUUCUUAACAAUAUCUAAUUAAUGCUUUUAUAUUAAAUAGUCAAAAGAAAAUAAUUAUUAUAAGAAUGAAACAAAAAUUUUUAUUUCAUCUACACAGCUUUUAUAUCCAGCUUUUAUAAUCUGUGCGUGAUUCGUAGGCUGCCACUAUAUUUCAACUCCAUGUGAAAGUCAUAAAUACAGAGAAGCUGGCUUCUCGAUUGUAUUAUGUUAAAAGAUAUUCUUAAUUUAAUUACAAUCACCAAAAUCUUGUAUUAAUUUGUGUUAUAUAUACAAUGGUUUUUAUUGUUAUU